AUGAACUUUAAAUUUAGCCUGUGUGGGUGGGUAGACUGAGGGUUGCUUAUUAGUCUGACUUUUAGGGGUUGAGCUGUUUUUUAUAGGACUUUUUUUACAAAUAUUCAUUUUUUUAACUUUUAAAACUAUGAAAAAAUUUUUUUUUUGAAAAAAGUUGAAUAUGUUGUUAAUUUUUUCUUUUCUUUUUUUACCUUGCCCUAGAAUUAAAUUACUCGCCUUCAAUUAGAUUUACUAACAAGUUUCUAAAUAUGAAAGUUUCGGCUUUAGCUUCGGAACCGGAUCUUUUUGAGCACUCUGGUACUUUGUGUAAUAACCAGAGUUUCCAAAUAAAAAACUUCUUGUUUUAGCUUUGGAACCGGAGCUGACUCGAAGCUGGAGUUAGAGCUGGCCCGAAGCCGGAACCGGACUUGCCCCGGAGCUGGAGCUAGAACUGCUUUUGAAACCGAAAUUGGACCUGCCCUACAGCUGAAGCUAGGGCUGGCCCGGAGCCGGAACUGGAGUUUCUCCGGAGCCGGAACCGGUGCUACCCCGAAGAAGCUGAAACUGCCUUGGAGCCUUAGCUGGAGCUGCCCCGGAGCCUAA